CGCUUCCUUCUUUCUUUCUACCACCUCCCCUCCUCAUCCCUUUGCCUUCUCCGAUCUCUAUUUAUACCGUCUUCGACAAAUACGAUUACUAAAAUAUCUAAUCUUUUUGUGUUGCCCACAAGAAAAAUAAAUAUCUUGAUUCUAUCUCUUGUAAAGAUAAUUUUUGCAUGAGAUUUAGUAGCCAUGGUUACUUUGACGAAGCUUCAAGUAUACCCACGAUGUUUGGAUCACCGACUCGGAUUCAUGGAUCAUCAACGGGUCGGGUCAAGAUUGGGUGUUAGAGAGCGUAACCAUAGGGUUUAUGUGCCUCGGUGUGAGAGUAAUUUAGAGAAGAAAAAGGUUGAAAGAGGGAGAAAGCGUGAGAAAGAGGGAAACGGGUUGUGGGAUUCUCUCAAAUCUGGUGUUAGCAAGUUGGGGCGGCCCUUAUCUAAGGAUGAGUAUAAUCAGAAAGUUCAAAAUUUAGAGAUGGUUUUCUCUUCGGUUGCUGUUCAAAUUGCUAGAUACAUUGUGACGAUGACGAGCACUGGAGCUAUUCUCUUGAUUGGGUUUCAAUUGUCAGGUGGAGAUAGUUCGAUGAAUUCAUUGGUUUGGUAUAGCUGGCUCGGUGGAGUUAUCAUUGGAACUAUGACCGGUGCUAACAUGGUUUUGGAAGAUCAUUACCGAGCCGGUCCACGUAAUGUUGUUAUAACCGGAAGCACGAGGGGACUAGGGAAAGCACUUGCUAGAGAGUUUCUUCUCUCUGGAGACAGAGUCAUUGUUACAUCUCGCAGUUCUGAAUCUGUUGAUAUGACUGUGAAAGAGCUUGAGCAAAACCUCAAAGAGAUUAUGAGUAAAGCUAGUGAAUCAGAUAGAAAGAAACUUGGUUAUGCUAAAGUGGUUGGUAUUGCUUGUGAUGUUUGUAAACCAGAGGACGUUGAGAAGCUUUCGAGUUUCGCUGUAGAAGAGCUUGGUUCCAUUAACAUAUGGAUCAACAAUGCUGGUACUAACAAAGGCUUUAGACCGCUGCUUGAUUUCACGGAAGAUGAUAUCAAACAGAUUGUGUCCACAAACUUGAUAGGAUCGAUUCUAUGCACACGAGGGGCGAUGGAAGUGAUGAGUAGACAGGACAAUGGUGGACACAUCUUUAACAUGGAUGGUGCUGGUUCUGGAGGCUCUAGCACUCCUCUCACGGCUGUAUAUGGGUCAACAAAAUGUGGACUUAGGCAAUUUCAUGGUUCUGUUGUGAAAGAAUCCCAAAAGACAAAAGUUGGCUUGCACACUGCUUCCCCGGGCAUGGUUCUCACCGAACUUCUUCUCAGUGGUUCGAGUAUAAAAAACAAGCAGAUGUUUAACAUAAUCUGCGAGCUUCCCGAGACGGUAGCUAGAACGCUAGUACCACGAAUGCGUGUUGUCAAAGGUUCAGGGAAAUCAGUCAAUUACCUAACUCCUCCAAGGAUAUUGCUAGCUAUCGUCACUUCCUGGCUCAGGAGAGGCCGGUGGUUUGACGACCAAGGACGGGCGUUAUAUGCAGCGGAAGCAGACAGACUAAGGAACUGGGCAGAGAACCGGACGAGGUUGUCGUUAACAGACGCGAUGGAGAUGUAUACUGAGAAUACUUGGGUCUCUGUUUUCUCUCUUUCUGUUGUUUGUGCAUUCAUCAUCGUAUCAAGCACCACACCUAGCUCUUUCCCAGGCACUUGACCAAAUGUAAAGUUACAUGUUAUGUAUAAAAACUAUAUGUAACGGGACCAAUUUGUUCAACUCUUCUCUGGUGAUGACACACCUUCUACGCAUGAUUUUUACUUUUA